UGGCCUUCAGCCCCCUCCCCGCCCGCCGCGCGCUGGGGCGCCUGGUUCCGUUCCUCCAGCCUCACAGAAGUCCGGCCGAGCUCACGGCUGGCUGCUCCGGUUGCCGGCCCGCGUCCCAGCCCCGCCCCCUUCCUGCUGCUCAGUGACCACAGCCUCGCCCCAGGGAAACCGAGUUGAUGUUUGUCGGUACAAUGCCGCCCCACGUGGUGAUGUCCUUCCGGCACCUGGUCUGUGCAGUGGCCACCCGCCAGCUGGCUCCCUUCAGACACGGAGGAAGCCGCCCUCUGCACGUGGCCCUGGCAGCCCACUCUGACAAGAGCGCCCCAGUGUUCACCCGAGCACUGGCCUUUGGGGACAGAGUUGCCCUCGUCGACCAGCAUGGCCACCACACAUACAAGGACCUUUACUGCCGCAGCCUCCGCCUGUCCCAGGAGAUCUGCAGGCUCCGUGAGUGUGCUGGCCAGGACCUCCGGGAGGAGAGGAUCGCCUUUAUGUGCUCCAACGACGUCUCCUACGUGGUUGCGCAGUGGGCCUCGUGGAUGAGCGGCGGCAUCGCCGUCCCUCUCUACAGGAAGCACCCCCAGGCCGACCUGGAGUACUUCAUCCAGGACUCCCGGAGCUCUGUGGUCCUCGCUGGCCAGGAGUAUGUGGAGCUCCUGAGUCCAGUGGUCAGGAAGCUAGGGGUCCCACUCCUGCCUCUCCCACCUGCCAUCUACGGUGGGGCGGCUGAGGACAGGGAGGGGGAGGUGCCGGAGCGGGACUGGAGAGACCGGGGCGCCAUGAUCAUCUACACCAGCGGGACCACGGGGAGGCCCAAGGGUGUCCUGAGCACCCAUCACAACAUCAGGGCUGUGGUGACGGGGCUGGUCCACAAGUGGGCAUGGACAAAAGACGAUGUAAUCCUUCAUGUCCUCCCACUGCACCAUGUCCACGGCGUGGUCAACAAGCUGCUCUGUCCGCUCUGGGUGGGAGCCACCUGUGUGAUGCUCCCGGAGUUCAGUGCCCAGCUGGUUUGGGAAAAGUUCUUAAGUUCUGAGACUCCGCGGAUUAAUGUGUUUAUGGCAGUGCCUACAAUCUACACCAAGUUGAUGGAUUAUUAUGACAAGCAUUUUACCCAGCCUCAUGUCCAGGAUUUUGUGCGUGCAGUUUGUGAAGAAAAGAUCAGGUUGAUGGUUUCGGGGUCCGCCGCCCUGCCCCUGCCUGUGCUGGAGAAGUGGAAGAGGAUCACAGGCCACACGCUGCUGGAGAGGUACGGGAUGACGGAGAUCGGCAUGGCCCUGUCCAACCCCCUGACCGCAGAAGCUCGCUUGCCAGGUUCUGUGGGGACCCCGCUACCAGGAGUUGAGGUGCGAAUUGUCUCAGAAAACCCACAGAAGGAGGGCUGCCCCUAUAUCCUCCAUGUGGAAGGAAACGAGCAGGACACCAAGGUGACCCCAGGGCUGAAGGAGAAGGAAGGGGAGCUCUUGGUCAGGGGACCCUCCGUUUUCCGGGAAUACUGGGACAAACCAGAAGAAACGAAGAAAGCAUUCACCUCGGAUGGCUGGUUUAAGACAGGUGACACAGCCGUGUUCAAGGAUGGCAGCUACUGGAUCCGGGGGCGCACGUCAGUGGACAUCAUCAAGAGCGGCGGCUACAAGGUCAGCGCCCUGGAGGUGGAACGGCUGCUGCUGGCCCACCCGAGCAUCAAGGAUGUGGCUGUGAUUGGUGUUCCAGACAUGACAUGGGGCCAGCGGGUCACCGCAGUGGUGACACUUCAAGAGGGACACUCACUGUCCCACAGGGAGCUCAAAGAGUGGGCCAGAGGCGUCCUGGCCCCGUAUGCUGUGCCCUCGGAGCUCCUGCUGGUAGAAGAGAUCCCAAGGAAUCAGAUGGGGAAGAUCAACAAGAAGGACCUCGUCAGGCAGUUCUACCCGCACAGCCAGGGAGCGUCGGAGGCCAGGCACCCGUGACCCAGCGUCUGCUUUGAACCAGAACCUCCCUUUUGAGCACAACAGAGUCCAACCUGAUGGGAUGAGAUCGAAGCAAGAAGCCUCUGCCCUGUCCUUGUCCUGCACCCACAGCCUUCUCUGACCCUUGCGCCCCGAGGCUGCUGGGCAGGUCCCGGCGGGGGGGGGGUCCAGCUGUCACCCCGGGGGUGCAGGUCUUCAGAGGAAAUUCAGUAAAGCUGCAGGGA